AUGUCUGUUUCCACUUUCCAAUCCACAAAUUCUACAGAUAAUGAGUUUGCUGAAGCUUAUGAUUUUAAAAUCUUAAACUAUCUUGUCUUAGAUGAAUGGGAAGAAACAAACCUUGAAGAAGAAUCAGAACCAAUUACGUCUCUUUCCUUCCUUCCACACUUCUUAGUUUCCUUACUCCUCGCGUGUGCUACAUGGCGAGCCAUAGCUUGGUCCAGUAGAUGCGGGGAUGACUACGUCAAAGAAACAUGUAAUGUGACUCGGUACAAAGAUCUCUGCAUCAAUUCACUCUCACCCUUUUCUAACUCGGCGACAAGAGACCCCCGUAGAUGGGCACGAGCUGCUGUAUCAGUCACAGUGGGUGAGGCUAAGAAGGUUACUCAGAACUUGAUCAACCAGAAGCAAAAUAGGGUUUUAAGAGGGAAGCAGCGAAUGGCUCUCUUAGAUUGCAUCGAAUGCUUCCAUGACUCGCUGGAUAACCUUUACAAAUCGCUUGGAGAACUAAGGAGCUUGAAGUCUAGCAGUACAUUUGAUAGGCAGAUGGAGAACGUUGAGACAUGGGUGAGUGCUGCCUUGACUGGUGAGGAUACCUGCUUGGAUGGCUUCAUUGGUGGUAAUAAAGGGAGGGAAGUGAAAUCUCUCGUCUGUAAUGGGGUUUUGAAUGUCACUUACAUGACAAGUAAUGCAUUGGCUUUAGUGGUCAAUCUCGCAUCAGCUGGUGAAGGGGACUUUACCGGUCCAUAG